AUGGCUGAGACGGGCGAUGAUGAGGACACAAUCAUUGCUCAGAUUCGACCGCUCGUCAACCCUCAACCACCGCCAAAUCCCGAGGCUCAAGCUAGCGCUCCAGUGAUUCGUUUCCGUCCUCCAUUUAUUGGAACGAGUGCCCAUGAUGCGCGUGGUGAUGCCGCACAUCUUGUCGCUGAAAAUCUCGUUCAACAAGGUUUACCCCAUUUGAGCGCUUUUCUUUUGGCGAGAGCUUUCGUCGAUUCGCAUGCUUCGAGUGAAGAACUUCGAACUGUUUCUGUACCAUUUAAGGAUGAUGAAUAUGAUUCAAUUGAUGCUUCUGUUUGGUGUCGAAAGGUGGUGGCUGCAAUUCCCGCUUUUUUGAGUUCCGUUUUGAAUGGGGAAAUUCAUGUUGCCGAAAAUCUGCCCGGUCUAUCCCAGUAUCGCUAUUCUGUAGCAGCAGAUCGGAAUCGACGGCAAAAGAUGGAAGAUCGGCAUAUUUCCAUUCCUACGAUGGAGUUGUUAGGUGGAAAGAAUGAUGGAACGGGUCUUUUUGGGGUUUUUGAUGGACAUGGAGGCGCAGAAGUGGCUAUUUACGCAGCUGCUCAUCUCCCAGAUGUUUUCCAUGAAACACAAGGCGCACUCUUUGACAAGCUAAAGCAAAGUCUUGAAGAACUUGAUCGAAGAGUAGCAAUUCGAUGUAAGAAAGAGCAUUGGAAAAGUGGAAGUACGGCUGUUUGUGUAGCAGUUGAUGAAAAGGAGAUUUGCUAUGGUUGGGUCGGUGAUUCAGCUGGUUAUUUGAUGCGAUCGACUGAAGUCACAAAAGUCACAAAAGAUCAUUCACCUAGUGAAGAGUCUGAAGCAAAACGGGUGGAAGCAGCUGGUGGAAUAUUGGUUUGGUUGCAAGGAGAGUACCGAGUCAAUGGAAUUCUCAAUCUUACUCGAUCACUUGGUGACAUUGCCGGUCGUCCAAUGAUCAUUUCUGAUGCAGAUAUGUUAAAGAUGGAGAGAGAUGGCGGUGAAUACCUUGUGAUACUUGCUUGUGAUGGAGUAAGCGAUGUUCUAACAAGUGCACAAAUCUAUGAAACUAUUCAAAAAUAUGUGGAAAGCCAUGAGUCAACAGAGUAUCAAGGGAUCGCUGGAGCGUUGUGUGCGGCGGCAAAAGAUGAGGGAUCAUCAGAUAAUCUCACCGCUGUCAUUGUCUUCUUGAAAACAGUGGACGAGUUGUGGGCUCUCUUUUCUCAAGAAACUCCAAAUGAU